UGGGAGCUGAGAGCCCAUCACUGGGGAUCUGGUGAGAGCAUCUGUCAGUGAGAGACGGCACCUCCUGCUCCUGCCCCAUGGAAACCAUGGUGCCGGGACGGAUGCCCAGGGCUGGACUCCUGCUGCUGCCCCUUCUCCUCUGCUUCGGGCCAGAGACCACCAGGAGCAUCAACCCGGCCGCGCUCAGAGAGAUUGGGGAUCAUGUGAACAAGGAUGGGUUGGCUGUUGAAUACGCCUUCGCCGUCAGCCUGGAGAAAGCCAGCUGCGAGAACCCAUCUGGUCUGGAACAGAUGCUGCGCAGGAACAAACUGCAGGACAUGCAGGCGGCCAUUAACCCAGAGGGCAGCCUGUAUGACCCAGACGAAGGGCCCAUUGUGGCUGCCUGGAUGAAGCACCUGGGCAGGGGAGGGGAACACGCCGAGUGGCGCCUGCUCCAGGGCGACCAGAACAGCCCCGUGCAGAAGCUCCUAGCCCGGCCCUACAACGAGAGAAGCUGCCUGAUCUUCUUCACCGUCCGCUCGCCCUGCGCGGGGACGUGCCUGCUGGUGAAGAGGCCCCACAACAUCCUACAGAUGGUGAGUGACACCUUCCGCCCCAUCGACCACAACUACAAGGCCUUCGUCUUCCGGCAGAUCUACCGCCAGGACCGGGACCUGGAUCCCCAAAGCCUGCUGGAGGCCUGGCACCAGCUGCCCGACGUGCCCCUGCUGCGUUGUGACACCAAGGGCUGCAGGGACUGCAGUGGGAACGACCCCAACACCGACACCAACGCCUGCCUGGACGAGAUGCGAGCUAUGAGGCAGCCGCUGCACCUACCUGGCAGAGGGCAGGAGGGAGAGCAGGGGGCAGAGAGGAGAGCAGAGGAUGUAGGGGAGAGCAGGGAGCACCUUCAGAGGGCUGGGGAGAUGGUGGGGCAGGGGGCACCACUGGAGGGCUGGGAGGACAGCGAGGCAGGGGGUGACAUUGUAACAUUGGGGGGAUGGCCGGAUAUUGAGUUCCGUCGGAGGCAUGGGGGACGGCCAGAGACCGCCGGGAGCAUCAACCUGGUCGCGCUCAAAGCCAUCGUGGAUCACGUCCACCAGUAUCGCCCUGUCACCACUCCCGCCCCCUAUGAUCAGUACACGGUGGCCAUCUCCUUGCCGCAGUCCGUGUGCAAAGGUACCAGCCCGAAUGAUCUGGAGAGGCACCUGCCCGUGGCCGAGCUCCAGGUGAUGAAAUCCAAGCUGGAGACGGACUUUCUCUUGAAGGACGACCACUGCAUCCAGCAACUCAUGGACGGGAUCUUCGGCGCCAUAGAUGAAGACCGCUGCGCCUUGGCCUUCCAGGAGGUUUUCGGUCAGGACAGAAAUCAGGGGAAGCAGCUUGUAUGGAACUCAUGGCAAACGCUCUGUAAUGUGGCCAUGUACCAGCGCGAUGACCAGGGCUGCCAGAGCUGCGAGGAGAAGGACGUCAACAAGAACCUCUGCCUAACAGCAGUGAAAAACCCAGCCACGCCAGCCCCGAAAGCAGCCCUUGGGGGCGGAUGCCAAGGUGGGAGGAGAUUCACCUACAACCUGCCCCGCAUUAACCCCGCUUGGGGCCCGAUCCCUGUGUGCCGAGCCCCCAUGGCCAGCCAGGCGCUGGAGAGAAGCCGCUCGGUCAUAGUGCAGGCCGUGCCAGCACAGACCCCUGUGGCCAGGCAUGGAGCCAUGGUGCGUCAGAUCUUUAACCUGUUCUCUGCUAGCAGCUUGAAAUGUGUCCGUGGUGGGCGUGUGAGAUUCAUCGGACAGUCGCUAGCAUCUCUGGCCAGCGGGGAGACGCCCAAACGCGGGGGAUUUUCCGGCUAG